AUGGUGGUACAUCUCGCCGUUAUGAAGCCUUAUUUCGGUCUGAGGGGCACUGCCCUCAACAUCAUGAUCAGUAUCAUUGCAGGUCUUGAUUUCUUGCUCUUCGGUUAUGACCAGGGUGUUAUGGGCGGUCUAUUGACCCUAAACUCAUUUGUUACUACUUUCCCGGAUAUCGACACCACAAAGGCUGGCUUGAUUGGCCUCAGCCGGUCUGAGCAGAGCCAGCGUUCGACCGUGCAGGGUAUUACGACAGCUUCGUAUAACCUAGGUUGUUUCUUCGGCGCUAUCUUCUGUAUCUGGAUUGGAAAUUACCUCGGCCGUCGCAAGACAAUCUUCGUCGGCUCCAUUAUCAUGGUCAUUGGGGCGACGCUGCAAUCGUGCGCGUACUCGCUACCUCAUCUGAUUGUCGGCCGUAUUGUGACUGGUCUUGGCAAUGGCAUGAACACUUCGACCGUCCCCACCUGGCAGUCUGAGUGCAGCAAGUCGCAUCAUCGGGGCCGGCUCGUCAUGCUAGAGGGUGCCUUGAUCGCAGGUGGAAUCACAAUCAGCUAUUGGAUCGACCUUGGAUUCUCCUUCCUCGACCCCAGCUCUGUGGCCUGGCGGUUUCCUAUCGCUUUCCAGAACGUGUUCGCCCUGGUGAUCAUGAUCUUUGUUCUGCCUCUGCCCGAGUCGCCUCGCUGGUUGAUUCUCAAGGGCCGGGAAGAGGAGGCCCUAGAGGUACUAUCUGCUAUCCUGGAUAUGCCCGAGCACGACCCAUACGUGCAUUCCGAGUUCGCCGCUAUCAAGGAUGCAGUACUCGCUGCUUCAGAUGUCAGCUUCCGCGAUUUGCUAACAAUGGAUGAAAACCGCCACUUCCACCGCGUCGUCCUGGCCUACGUCAACCAGAUGUUCCAGCAGAUCUCCGGUAUUAAUUUGAUUACAUAUUACGCCGCUACUAUAUACGAGAAGUCGAUCGGCAUGGAUGGUUUGAUGUCUCGAAUCCUUGCUGCUUGCAACGGAACGGAAUACUUCCUAGCCUCUUUGAUUCCCAUUUUCGUCAUUGAGAAGAUUGGACGUCGCACACUGAUGCUUGUGGGUGCUGCUGGCAUGUCCAUUUCAAUGGCCGUCCUUGCUAUCACGACCAGCUUUGUCGGUCAAAGCAAGCCUGGUAUUGCUGCUGCGGUAUUCCUCUUCGUCUUCAACACAUUCUUUGCAUGGGGUUGGCUUGGUAUGACCUGGUUGUAUCCAGCGGAGAUCGUGCCCCUUCGUAUUCGUGCCCCAGCCAACGCCUUAGCUACAUCUGGAAACUGGAUCUUCAACUUCAUGGUCGUCAUGAUCACGCCGGUCGCCUUCGACUCUAUCGGCUACAAGACAUAUAUCAUUUUCGCAGUCAUCAACGCUUUCAUCUUCCCGGUGGUCUACUUCUUCUACCCCGAAACAGCCUACCGCUCCCUCGAAGAGAUGGACACUAUUUUCCAAAAGAGUACCAGCAUUUUCAACGUCGUCUCCGUCGCCCGCAACGAGCCCCACCGCUUCGGCAAGAACGGCGAGCUCCUCAUUAAUUACCAAGACACUGAGGAGCAUAUGCGUCGCGCUAGCCACGUGUCUGAGAAGCAGAUCAAGACGCUUUCCUCGGGCUCGGAUCUGGAGACUGGGAAGGGUACGCAUGUUGAGAAUAAUGGUAGCAUAUCAGACAGUAGUCAAGAGCCCUGA